UUAAAAUAUCAUACUUUUAGACGUAAGCUAAAGAGUCAUUCGAACAAUCUGACGUGUGAAAGCGCAACAACACCAGUCGUAAGCAGUUGUAGCAGAGGACGUCUUGUUACUCCUUAUUCUGGCUGUCGCUCGUUAACCUGGCACUGAUGGUUUCUUGAAGUUUUCAAUCGGAACUUACCUGUAAGCAAGAUGGCAGGCAAUGCAAGACAAGUGUUGAACAUGGCAAAUUCCAUCGUUGGAGUUUCCAUUCUGUCCAUGCCGUUUUGCUUUAGGGAGAGUGGUUUGUUAUUGGGUGUCAUAUUGGUAUUGGUAACUGGCUUUAUUACCAAAAAGACCUGUAUGUUUCUCAUUCGCUCAGCAAUCAUGGCAAGAAGAAGAAGCUACGAAUUUUUAGCAUUCCAUGUGUUUGGAGUUAGUGGAAAGCUCUUCGUUGAGAUGUGCAUGAUUCUCUUUCUCUUCGGAAUAUGCAUUUCAUUUUAUGUUGUAAUGGGUGAUCUUGCGCCAGCCAUAGUUGCACGAUUUAUGAGCGUAGAAAAUUCAUCCUCACUUCGUUACACGUUGCUGAUUGGAAUUGCAGUGUUGGUUAUUCUACCUCUGUGUCUACUACGAAACUUAGAUAAUCUGGCUUCAAUGUCAGCCUUUUCCAUAAUGUUCUACUUUAUCUUAGUUGUAGUAGUAUUUUGGCAUGCCUUCCCGAAGCUUUGGGAUGGUACUUGGAUUCAUAUUGCCGAACUCUGGAGGCCAGCAGGCGCAUUGCAAAUUCUACCAAUUCUUUCUUUAGCCCUAGCUUGUCAGAGCAAUGUCUUUGAGAUAUAUGACUCCGUACCUGAUCCUGAUGUACCUAAAAUGAGGUUUGUUGUCAACCACGCAGUUAACUUGUGCUCUGCUCUCUAUAUAUCUGUGGGGUUUUUAGGAUAUGUGGCAUUUGUGGACAAAGAUAUAAGCGGUAACAUUAUUAUGAGCUUUCCUGACUCUGGAUUAACAGAAGGAAUAAAAAUGUUCUUUGCUGUGUCACUUGCCAUUAGCUUUCCACUGAUGAUAUUCCCAUGUCGGACAUCCAUACAUUCCCUCAUAUACCGCAGGAGUAAUCCCUCAAGUUUUGACCUCGUUGGAAAUUAUAUGCCAGAGUCACGCUUCAAAGCCAUAACUUUUGGAAUAUUAUUAAGUAGCCUGGUUAUAGGCAUCCUAAUUCCUAAUAUUGAGCUGGUAUUGGGAUUGCUAGGAUCAACUAUGGGUAUGUUGAUUGCUACUAUACUCCCAUCACUACUUUUCAUCAAAGUCAACACUAAGGCAUCAACUGAAAGGCUUUUAGCACAGGGUAUAAUGCUCAUGGGUCUAAUGUUAAUUGUAACUGGAACAUACCUGAACCUAGCACACAUACGCGAGGUCCAAGAGUUGCCCGCAUCUCCUACGGAACUGGUUAAAGCUAAUGUGGAUCUGGAGAUGCCCAAGAUCAUGGAUGUAGGUGAGGGUGAGAAAGAGGGCAAAGCUGUACUACCUGCUGGUGUUGGAGAAGACACAGCUACCAGGAAAGAGCCAGUUGCACCUGAACCCCCGCCUGAUGAGAAAGCAGGUUUAGCAAAAGAAAAAGGGCAGAGUGAUGGAGAAGAUGUGGAAAAGGCUCCUGAUAAAGUAGAAGAAAAGAACAAUAAAAAGGAUAAUGGUAAUAUUAGUUACAACAAGGAAAAGCAAAAAGACAGUGGGGGAAAUAACGAGGAAGACCUUCUCAAUACUAAAAAUGAAGGCGAUACUUUACAUCCAGAUGCUAUUCAGAAAGAAGAGAAAGAAAAUGAAGAAGAAAAGGACAAGGUUGAGGAAGGAAAGGACAUAGAGAAAAAGCAAGUUGAAAUUUUACAAAAGAUGGAGGUGCAGCAUCAAGAGCAGCAGCAAAUUCUGGAAGAGCAGAAGAAAAUCCUCCAGGAGUUGAAAGAUCACAAACUAAAACAGGAAGAAGAGGAGGCCAGGAAGCAAGAAGAAGAAAAGGCUAAAAAUGUUGGAGCAGGGAAUGUGGUAGCAGAGAAAAUGCUGGAGGGAAAUAAUGCAGGUCUUCAAGCAGGAAUUCCACUAGGUGUUGAUUCGUUGGUAGAUAAUCAUCUCAAACCAUCACUGAAUCAAAAUAAUUUAUUGUUAAACCCACAACCUAUCCAUCAGGCAGAGUCAAAUAUAUAUCACCCUCGGAAGGAAGCAAAUGAAGUUGUGCCUAGCGCCAAGGCUCCUGUUCCUACUGUGGAUCAGAGUAUCUUAGCUAAGGGCAAUCCUGCUGUAGAUCUCAAUGUUAAGAUAAACCCUCAACUUCCAAUGGCAUAUUAUCAUUCUAAUGCGCCCAAUUUUGUACCAAAUGAGAUAGUUCCGGCUGGUAACCAAGUUCCUGCUGACAGUGUUGCCAGUUAUGCAGCUAUAGCAGGAAACUUUGCAGCACAGUCGGCUCAAGCAAAUAUUCCAGUUCAGUCUGGCUCUGAGGUGAAUGUUGAUGGCAAGCCAAUUGCUCCUUUAGGGAGAAUGCCAAUUGAGCAAGCUCCAGUGAAUGUAGUUCCUCAGCCUGUACAAGCACAGGCACCUGGCCAAACUGCACAAGUGGUUGUGCCAGGCCAGCUUGUGCAGUUGCCAGUGCAAGUCCAGCAAGCAAGUGUGCAAGCAACCUUACAAGGCCAACUUGCACAAGUUGUAGGACAAGGCCAGGCUGUCCAAGUGCAAAGCCUACCUGUGCAAGGCCCAAGUGCCAGUCCAGCCUGUGCGAGCGCAAGUGCCAGUCCAGCCUGUGCAAGCGCAAGUGCCAAUUCAGCCUGUGCAAGCGCAAGUGCCAGUCCAGCCUGUGCAACUGCCAGUCCAGCCUGUGCAAGUGCCAGUCCAGCCUGUGCAAGCGCAAGUGCCAAUCCACCCUGUGCAAGUGCCAAUUCAGCCUGUACAAGCACAACUGCCAGUCCAGCCUGUGCAAGUGCCAGUCCAGCCUUUCCAAGCAGCAGUGCAAGACCAGUCUGUGCAAGUGCAAAACCUACCUGUACAAGCACCAAUGCAAGGCCAGUCUGUGCAAGCACCAGUGCAAGGCCAGCUUGUGCAAGCACCAAUGCAAGGCCAGUCUGUGCAAGCACCAGUGCAAGGCCAGCCUGUGAAAGCGGCAGUGCAAAGCCAGCCUUUGCAAGCUGCUGUGGCAGUCCAGCUGUUCAAGGAGUUCUGCCUAAUCAAGUUCAAGUCUUACAAGGCAGUUAUGUAGGUCAACCAAAGCAGCCAAAUUUACCUGCUCAAACUGCACAGGGAGGUGUAGUAGGUCAGCCUAUAGCCAAUCAUUUAGGUCAGCCAGCUGCAAAUGAGGUUGUUGCAGGGCUUCCAGCUGGUGCACCAGCUCCUUUAUCUCCAAUUGAAGAAAAGUUGAAAGUUGAAGUUGUUGGAGAAUCACAGCCAUCUCUCAAAAAGGAGGACGAAACAUUGAUUAGGAAAAAGAAACUGAUGAAAGAAUCGAUUUCACAGAAUAGUAAAGGAAAGGUCUUAAAAACAGCAGAAACGUCCAAAUCAAACAGUCUGAAAACGAAAGUGGGAAAGUUAGACUCUAAAAAGGAAAAGCAGAAAAAUGUUAAAGGAGACAUUUUAGGCCGAGUUAAGGAUAUAAAGAAAACCCAACACGACGAAGAAAGGCGAAAGCGAGAUGUGGAUAGUUACUCCAACUUUGAUCUACCUCAUGGUGAAAUAUUCAAAGAGCUAAAAUGGAAAGAAUUUGGUGAUGUCAUGUACGAUACCCGUCAUCUUCUUUGGACUGGACGUUCCAGAAGAAAAAAACGGAACAAGGGGAGAGACGAAGAUUAUUAUUGGGACGAAACAUAAGUAAACGUUUCAGAAAUUAUGAUUUAAUGUGCAUUUCCGUAAGUUGUUUUGGGCAAGAAGCGUUUUGUUCGUUUUUGUAAAGGCUGCCCGCAUGCCGUGUUUUUUUUAUUUUUUAUUUUUUUUUUAUUAUUAAUUUGCAUUAGUUUUUGCAAUCUGUGGAUUCCAAGAACUAGCGCUGAUGUGUCUAAUGAUAAAGGUGUGGUGUUAUAUGUGCUUAAGCUGGCCUUGUGCUCUACCUCGCUACAUAAGAAAGAUGUCUGAGGUUAAACAUUCCUGUACGUAUAUUUUUUAUAUGGAAUAUUUAUGGAGGGAAAGUGUAAAGCAGUAGGAUGGAUAAAAAUGUUGAACCCACCUGUAAACGCAAACUAAUAACUGCAAAUGAAUGUGAUAGCUGAUCCAGAAGAUCAGUGUCCUGUGUUUAGUUUAACUUGAUAUUGGCCAUACAUUGUUCCGUUGUUUCAGAUUAUGUUAUGUAAAGUGAUUUGUUUUCAAAAUGCUGAUAUGAUUGUGGAUAAUAUUGUAUCUACUAAUUGUCUUCCAUCAUGACACCUCUUCCAUAUCCUGCAUCAUAUCUGCUGCAUCUGUAUAUAAAUUGUAGUAUAGGUAUAAUAAUCUAAAUAGUGUUAUGGAAUAAAAGUAAAGCACAAAAUGCACUGUUAUUAGACUUAGAGAAUGUAAAAUUGUUUUAUCCAUACAAAGGACGAGUCUCUUACCGCUAAGAGAAUGUAAAAUUGUUUUAUCCAUACAAAGGACAAGUCUCUUACCGUAUCUCUGUAUCACUAACAGAAAAGCAUAUUUAGACUAAAAUCAUCUGUACCGUAAGGUGAAAUAUCUCGACCACCAAGGGAAGCACUAUAUUACAUGAGCCAAAGCAUUACAACAUUUUCUUAUGUAUGGUACUCAGCUGAGAAAAGCACUGAUGGAGUGGCUUUAUUUUAGCAAAGAGUUUGGAGGGCUUUUAAAUAAUGUUGCAAUGUAUGCUUUGAUGAGUAGAAAAAAAAAAAAAAAAACUGGCAUUUUUUGGGGUGCUCUAAUUAUUAGUCUGCCAUAUAAGCCAGAUGCUUUUAUUUU